UGGACCGUUAAGGCUUGAAAUUGAGAAGGAAGUUUCUAUUCUCCCUCCAAGAAAAUGAGAAACCAUUACCUGUUAAAACUACAUUUCAAACACAUUCAAAAAUCAACAAAUAAACAAGCCUUUAAUUUCUCGACAUUAGUCUCAGCUCUUCUUCCACCAAGAGACCCAUGCUUUUCCCCUAUUGUACCCCGACUCAAAAGGCGCCAAUUGGCCAACCUCCUCCAAAAACUACCUUCCCAAGACAAUCCUAUUUUACACUACAAACGAAUCCAUGCCCAAAUUAUCGUUUCUGGGUUGGAAUCCGACACCUUUCUUACAAACAUUCUCUUGAAUCUUUACUCAAAAUGUAAUAAUUUACGCCACCCGAGUAAACUGUUUGAUAGAAUGCCUGAAAAGAACUUGGUUUCUUGGUCUUCGAUGGUUUCCAUGUAUACCCAACAUGGGUACGAUGAAAAGGCGUUGAUUUUGUUUUUGGGCUUUCGAAGAAGUUGCGAAGAGAGUCCAAAUGAGUAUAUUUUGGCUAGUGUCAUUCGAGCUUGUAUACAGUUGCGGGAUGGAGGUGAAAUGGGAGUUCAGAUUCAUGGUUUUGUAUUUAAGAGUGGUUUUGAUCAAGAUGUUUAUGUGGGGACUUCGUUGGUUGAUUUUUACACGAAAAGUGGGUUUAUAUAUGAAGCGAGAUUGGUUUUUGAUGGUUUAAAGGGGAAGAAUGCGGUGACUUGGACGACAAUGAUAACAGGGUAUGUUAAGAGUGGGAAGGGUGAUGUGGCAUUGCAGUUGUUUAACCAAAUAAGAGAAACUGAUGUUGUGGCAGAUAGAUAUGUGCUGUCUAGUGUUUUGAGUGCAUGUUCAGUGCUUGACUUUGUUGAAGGAGGAAAGCAGGUCCAUUGCCAUGUUUUGAGGAGGGGAGCAGAAAUGGAUGUUUCCGUCAUUAAUGUGCUUAUAGAUUUUUAUUCUAAGCGUGGUAAGUUAAAAGCUGCACGCAGGCUUUUUGAUGAGAUGGUGGUUAGAAAUGUUAUUUCUUGGACUACAAUGAUUGCUGGCUACAUGCAAAAUUCAUUUGACAGGGAAGCUAUGAAGCUGUUUUCUGAGAUGACCAGAUUGGGUUGGAAGCCAGAUGGCUUUGCUUGCACUAGUGUUCUCACGUCAUGUGGUUCACUCGAGGAUCUUGAUCAGGGGAGACAAGUGCAUGCUUACACCAUCAAGACCAAUCUUGAGUCUGAUGAUUUUGUAACAAAUGGUUUGAUAGAUAUGUAUGCAAAAUGCUAUUCACUGAAUGAUGCAAGAAGAGCGUUUGACAUUAUGGGUGAUCAGAAUGUGGUCUCAUAUAAUGCGAUGAUUGAAGGAUACUCAAGUAAGGAGAAGCUAUCUGAAGCAUUGGACUUGUUCCACAACAUGAGACUCAGGUCAUUCUCACCAAGCCUUUUAACUUUUGUUAGCCUUCUUGGUGCAUCAGCUGCAUUAUGUACCAUAGAACUGAGUAGGCAGAUUCAUACCCUUAUCAUCAAAUUUGGGGUAUCUUUGGACAUAUUUGUUGGAAGUUCUCUAAUAGAUGUUUAUUCAAAGUGUUCAUAUGUUAGAGAUGCAAGAUAUAUAUUUGAGGAGAUGAACGAGAAAGAUAUUGUUGUUUGGAAUGCAUUGUUUUUUGGCUAUACGCAACAGUUGGAAAAUGAAGAGGCUCUCAAACUCUUCUCCAAAUUACAACUAUCAAGACAAAAACCUAAUGAAUUCACGUUUGCUGCCUUAAUGACAGCUUCAAGUAACCUAGCGAGUCUCCAACAUGGUCAACAGUUUCACACUCAGCUGAUAAAACAUGCUAUGGACUCUGAUCCCUUUGUCACAAAUGCCAUUAUUGACAUGUAUGCUAAAUGUGGAAGCUUUGAAGAUGCUUGUAAAACAUUUAAUUCUGCCAUUUGGAGGGAUGUUGUGUGUUGGAAUUCCAUGAUCUCAACAUAUGCUCAUCAUGGUGAAGCUGAAGGAGCUCUUGAGAUAUUUGAAAGAAUGCUUAAAGAAGGAAUCAAACCCAAUUAUGUAACAUUUGUUGGUCUGCUCUCAGCAUGUGUGCAUGCAGGGUUUGUAGAGCUUGGACUCCAUCACUUUGAGUCAAUGUCUACAUUUGGAGUUGAAGCGGGGAUUGAACAUUAUGCUUGUGUGGUAUCUCUGUUGGGCCAUGCUGGUAAAUUAUAUGAAGCAAAGGCCUUAAUUGAGGCAAUGCCAAUAAAAACUGCAGCAGUGUUAUGGAGAUCCUUACUUAGUGCAUGUAGGAUUGCUGGUAAUGUUGAAUUGGGAAAAUAUGCAGCAGAAAGGGCAAUUUCAAUUGAUCCAAUAGAUAGUGGUUCAUAUACUUUACUUUCAAAUAUUUUUGCAUCUAAAGGUAUGUGGGCAGAUGUUAAGAGGGUGAGGGAGAGAAUGGACUUAGAAGGUGUACUUAAAGAACCUGGGUGUAGUUGGAUUGAAGUUAAUAAUGAGACUAAUGUGUUUAUUGCAAGGGAUAGAACUCAUCACGAGGCCAAUUUAAUAUACUUAGUUCUGGACAAUUUGAUUAUGCAUAUCAAGGGUGCUGGAUAUGUGCCUGAUAUUGCUAACACUCCUGAUAAAUGAUUGAGAUGAGAUCUGGUGGGAAUAGCAUAACUGACAAAUGGAUUCUUUGAAGUUCUUUGUUAUGCAGCUCAUCCUAUAUAUCGAGCUUCAAGUGACAUAUUAUGCAUAAUAAGGGGCUUGAUAUGUGCCUUUUAUUGCCAAACUCUUGAUACAGAGUUGGGAUGACCUUGUGCCUACAGUGUAGCUGACAAAUAAGUUUGAAGUUCUUUGUUAUGCAGCUCACUCUAAAAACUGAGCUCAAAGGGACAUCUAGCAGACUACCAGACUUUAGUAUCUUUUGGCAAUUCAAAGUUGUUGCUUUGAGAUAUAAGCUGGUGCAAUUUCUCAAUCUUUUAGGGUGUGCUAUCAAGGGUGUUUUACUUUCCUUGCUUGGCAGCCAUGGCCAUCUGGAUGCGGCUAGAGUAGUUUAAAUGCAGAGAUGCUGCAAUUACCUACUGAUGGAAUUACUACUUCAGAGAGGAUUUGAGGAAUUAAUAAUAGGAUUGGAGAAGAGAGGGGCUUUAGAAAGAAAGUUUUGUUCUUCACAGAUGAGCAACAAGGAGGUACACAAAACACGUUGGUACUCACUGCCCUUGCUUAACUUAAUUAUGUCCACAUUGUUUUAUGUAUUUGAUCAUUACUUUCCACUAAUUUGUGAGCUCAAGGUUAAAAUAGCCAAAGAGGAAGAAAAUUCUGAGUUUGUUGGAUGUAUAUAUGAUGGGACUAUAAGGAUAAGACUUGCUGAACUUAGACUUUCAAAGUCAAGGUAUCAGAAUGAGUGCAAAAGUAGUGCUUCUGUGGCAG